AUGAUAAAAUACGGUGUCAAUGAUAUAUCCAAAACUAGAUCACCUCUUCCUGUUACAAUCGAUAAAAAUAAGUAUACAUUCGAUUAUCCCUGCGAAAGUGCAUCAGAUUGUACAGAUUAUUUCAUCAAAUUUUAUCCUGGAAAAUACAAAAUUGAAGCAUAUGGCGCAUCUGGAGGCACUUCGAAAGAGAGAGUUUCUUCCUACCGAUUACCAACAGGUGGUUGUAUUUCAGAUGAUGAUGUUAAAAAAGUAAACGGCAAUACAAUAUGCUAUCAAAGAGGAAGUAUUGGUGGUGCAGGUGGAUAUGUGAGUGGUACUAUUUUGUUAAAAAAAUUAACGUUUGCUUAUGCGACAAUCGGUGGUAAAGGAAUCUUCGGAGGAAGACCACAUUUAUAUGAUUCUGAUGAAUGCUUUUAUCCGGAAAAUAUGAUAAUCGGAGGAUAUGGCGGUGGAGGUAAAUCUGCAAAUCAUCCAGACGGAUCUGGAAGUGGAGGCGGCCAAACUGCCUUAAAAUUUGUUAAAAAUGAUCUUUGGCAUCGAGUGUUAGUGGGUGGAGGUGGUGGUUGCGAUACGAUAGAUGGAGAUUAUGGAGAAUACGAUGAUGGUUCUGGAGGUGCUGGUGGCGGUAAAGUAGCUCAAGGAUGGUUUAAAAGUAGUGUUUAUAAUGGAAAUUACGUUGCAAAUUCUACAUUUGGUUUCACAUUUGGUUCUGGUGAAUCUGCUAGAAGACACGGGUCAAGGAAUGAAAAUGGUGUCCAUUUAUAUAACGAAUAUAGUGAUAUUGUUGGCGCUGGCGGCGGUUGGUUUGGCGGAUUUUCUAGUAUGGAUUAUAACUCAGGUUCUGGAGGAGGGAGUUCAUGGAUUCUUGAAAAAGAUGCGAUAAUCCCUCCUGAUAACAUUACAGCGCAUGAUGAUUUUUAUAAUCCGAUAGACACUCAACCAUACGCUUUCCAAAAGACAGGCCAGUAUUUAUUUGAAGAUGCUAAGUAUGUUUCAGGCGUUUGGGAAGGUAAUGGAAGACUUGUAGUCUCUAUUCUUGAACAAAUUCCUAUAACAGACAAAGUUAGUUAUAAAAAUAAGUUUUAUAUACCAUUCGCUAUGAUAUAUUUAGGUUUGUGUUAA